AUGGGUUCCUUCUCUCAUCAAUCCUUCUCUCAAUCUUCCCCCGUUCUUGCCAUGACACCGCAACUACCGCCUCAGCCUUCUUUCAACAGACCAUCUUUUACUUCACCUUUCGUAAAAGCACCUCUGUCAUCAACACCUCAGAGUUCUUGGCUCACUCCGACGUCCGCACCUCAAUCAGCUGCAGGUCGCAAACGUUCACGCGACGAGGCUGAUUUUGAAGACGAGGAAUAUUUUUCACAGGCACCCGUCGAGCCAGUAAUCGCCGAGAACGAAGAUGAAUGGGAAUAUGGACCAGGAAUGACACUUAUCAAACCAAGCAAAGGCUACAUCUUAUCUGCAGACAGUCAAACUGGUACAUGGUUGGAAGAGGAAGAAGCCGAGAAAAAGGCACAAGCAGCAUUACGCGCGGCCAGCCCAGAAAGACCAAUACUACGUUCGGCAAAGAGUCAAAGAAUUGACCUAGGCUCCACACCGUCGAUGACCGAAGAGACAAAGGUUACAAGUAGUGUACUCUCAACACCACUUCAAGCUGGAGGUAUUGGCCCCGUCCAACCUUCAAUCGAUGAGUACACUCGACACCUAGGUAUCGGUUGGUCAAAGAUAAGCGCCGACGAAGAUAUCCAAGCUGCGGUUCGUGGCUGGACAAAAUAUAUCGAGAACCACUAUCCUGUCAACAAUGCGAUCAUUCGAUUGCAAAGUAGAGGUCUAGCUAGCUAUCUCGUGGAAGCCCAAGAAGGCUACUUCUUAUUCGGAGAUGACCUCAAACAAGGAAGGUUGGUGAGCACCAGCUUGGAGAAGACUUUUGAAAACCUCCGGGGGCCAGUUCCCAUAUUUGAGGGUGAUAUGGUGAUUGAGGCUAGCGAAACCCCAAAGGCUAGCAGCCCAGUUAUCAAUGCCAUGACAAAUGCACACGUUGAAGAAAUGAUGAUGACGGAUGAAAAUUCUACGACUGAUCUCCCAAACCAUGCUGUGGAGGUUGAGAUGGAUAUGAGUUAA